AUGAAUAUGGAUUUGCAAAUGCCAGUUAGUUCUAACUCCCAUAUAAAUAUAGACCAAGGCUGUUUGCUUGAUGAUCCAGACUUAGGAAUUGUUACAGAAAAUGACCAUAACGUUGGGCUUUGUCUCUGCCAUAAAUGCACUUGUGGUAAGCACAAGUGCCCUAGCAGAAAAAUAUUUCGUCAAAUUCCUAUAAAAUUGCAAUCUUCUUAUAAUUCAGAAUACCAAUAUAUUAAGAUUCCCAGUUACAAGGUAAACCGAUCAUUUGAUUCUUGUUAUUCGCUAUCUAAAUAUCCAUUUAAUUCCAAUUCAAGCUAUAGAUUGGAAUACAAAGAACAUCAAAUUAGUCCUAUAAAAUUUACUAAAAAAAAAUAUAAUCCGAAUAUUGCAAAACUUGAUACAAGAUCUACCUAUAAAGUUUCCUAUAAAAACUAUAGUCCUCUUAAAGAACGAUCCUUUAGUCCUUAUCCUCACAAUCUGCAUAGUGAUGAAUUAAAAUUCAACGAUCUAACGACGUAUGGGUCAAGCUAUAAAGAAAAAGAAUAUUUAGCACCGAAAAGAUCAAAAAGCAGUUUGAGGCUUGGAGUUUUCAUGGAUGCAGACUUUUCUGAGCCUUCUACUCAUAGAAGAGAUUUUCAAGAUUUCCAAGACUUUAAAGAAAUUUGCAAUUCUGCCGCUAUGAAGCCAAUAGACGAAACUAUGUCUCCUGCAGUAAAAGUCCGAGAAAAAAGUGUAAACCAAAUUGAAUACUUGCCUAAAAUUAGGCCGACUAAAGAAUUUGCGAGAAGCAAUUCAUUUCUGAGGAAAAGACAUGUAAUCUAA